AUGAAAUUCGUUGCGCCGUACACGCGAAUCUGGCUCAUGUUCGCCUUGAUCUUCAACGAAUCCAGAUUUCUAUCCACCGUCAACGAUGGUAGAAAUAGGGGAUCUAAGGCUGGCAGCUUCAAGGACGGGACACCCUUGGCCAAAUAUGGUGUUAUAGCUUUCAAUUGCUGCAUCACACAUCUGUCGUAUUGUCCCAGGUCGAACGUUCGCGGACAAGAUUGUACACCAGGUGCUGCGAAACGGAUGUAACAAUGUAUUAGAAUUGUUGGCAUGACAAUAAAAAAUGGGACAGUCUUUCUUGGGUUAGAAAAGAUUUGGAUUUUUACAAUUUGAUACAAUAAUGAAUAGCUAUAAUUAAUUGUAACGUAGUGACAAGACGAAGAUAUUACCUUUUUUUUAGAGAAAUUUUAGAAAGAAAAUAUAUACUUAGAAAAUUUAUCUUUUAUUUUACAGUUGUUUUGCAAUUUUAUAUUAAUAACAGUCUUUGACAAUAAUUUCCUGGUAAUUUUGUGAUAAUGACUUUACAGCAAGUUUAUGAUGAUAAUUUUAUAGUAAUAAUAAUAUUACUAUGUUUUUAUAAUAAUAACUUCAUAAUGAUAAUCAUUAAUUAUUUGCUAUAUCUAUCUAUUCAUUCACAGAUUAGUUGUAAAAUUUUUCUUAAAUUCUUCUUUUUAGAAAUUAAAUAUCUCCAGAUGAUAGAAAAAUUAUUAAGAGUUCGAUUAUCACGAUGUCUGUUUAAUUAUCUGAUUUCUUCUUUCUGCAGCAUAAAAGCAUUUGCAGAAGAAUGCACGUCUAACUGGCGUGACUUAGCAAAACUUCCAUUUGCGUUGCGAAAGGGAUCCUGA